AUGAAGAGAGCAGCUGCGUCGACAGGGAGCUUGGCAAAGCGACAGCGCCCAGGCAAAGAUGCGGAAGCAGACCUGCCAGAGGAAGGCUGCAAUCCUGCUCGCGGCAGUGGCAUGGUGGUGUGGUACAGUGGGCGCCGCCAAACUGGCCGAGUGCUGUCUGAUGAUGGUGUGGAGAUGACGAUACCUGUGGGCGGCGCCAUGAAUCGAAAUGUGGUUCCGCUGACUCCCAGCGGCCUGAUGCAUGGCACUCGUGUGCGCUGCAUGCCCGUCAGACGAAACGACAGCUGGCAUUGCAUCUCGGUACGCCCGAGUGAAACCGUUCAACAUGGUUUGACUGUGGGUGUGGACAAGCAGGGAGGUAGUUCCGAAGACCAGAGCCAUCUCUCUGCAGCUGAUGUAGCGGACAUGGGCUUUCUCAUUGGCAUCCUGGAUGGACACUGUGGGGGUGCCAGUUCCGCGCACGUGGCGAAACGGUUUCCCGCCAUUCUCCAUGAUGUUUACAACUACGAGCUGAGCCAAAAAGGAGGAGCGGCGGCGCUUCGUGGCGCGCAGGAGGCAGAGCUCCUUCGAGACUCGCUUCGAGGUGCUUGCCGCGCCGCCGAGAGGGACUUGAUGAAGGUGGCGUCUGAAGGCCAUUGGACCGAUGGGACAUCCGCGGUUUUUGCGUUGCUGGCACACGGCUUUGAAAGCCAGAGUGCGAGAACCGUGCCCGGCUGCGCGGGUGAGGCCAAGCUGUUCUUGGCAUGGUGCGGCGACAGCCGGGCGCUGUUGCUGCAUGGCCACAAAGUCUUGGCCCUUUCGCACGACCACGUUCCAUCGAGGAAGGAGGAGUACAACCGGGUGAAGUCUGCAGGAGGCAAAGUUCUCGACUUCGGUGGCACCCUCAAGGUGGGACGAAGAGACAAGUACAAAGAAAAGAAGUCAUCAGGCUCUUUCAACGACCUGCUCUGGCUGCACACGACGCGGUCGUUUGGCGACAUUCGGUUGAAGGCGCCCUUCAACAUUGUGACAUGUGAGGCAGAGGUUCUAGUCCGAACGCUGAGCCCGGAGGACUGGGCCAUCGUUCUGGUGUGCAGCAAGGUGACGUCCAAGCUCAAGAACCAGGACAUCGGGGACAUCUGCAAAGAGCAAUUUUUGCAGGGAAAGGACCCCGUGGCUGUCAGUCAGGCAUUGACGCUUGCUGCGAGGAAGCGUGGCGCGAUGGGCAAUCUGACCUGCGUCGUGAUGCGGCUGGGUUGGACGGCUUUGCAGCCUCACUGGCUCACUGUUGCUGUUGUGGUCGCGACCCGGUGGCUUGACUUCCUGCCGUGCGCUUGUCGCCUUGCCCGGCCGUUGCUGGAUGCCUCGCGCCAUCUGCUGGAUGUAGUGCCAACGCCACGGCGGCCUGUGCUGCAACGAGCGAUGAUGGCGGUGCUUGCGCUUGAGGCAAUGGGCAACCUUAGCCGCUUCGCGCUGCUGCUGCUCCUCUUUGUGACACUCAGCACCGUGGUGCUGCGGUGCCUCAGAUCCCGAUCUUCGGAGUUUGUUGAGCUGGGGCUGCUCCUCUCUGACAAGAUCGACUUGGUUUGGGAGCGCGUGCAGGGCUUCCAAGAGUAUGUCCGAGACCUCUCAGCAAACCGAAACGAGGCUCGGAAGGUGAGAGGCGCACCGUCGGGAGGCUUGGCGUCCAUCCAACAUACCCUGGGCUCCGUGCUCAGGUGUGGCAAGCAUCCUUGGGGUUCAUACUUUGCUCCUCCCAACAUUAUCUGGCCACUGCUUCGGGAAGUCAUGGGCGUCAAGGUGCCUGGAUCCGGCCAGCUGUCGAUACUCGGCCAGGAGUUUCAGGCCCUGCCAUGA